AUGACCUCGGGAAUCGACCAAAUCAAUCCGGUAAAUCUGUCACCUUCAGGUAGACACCAACCGGGGCUUCGGCAGAAAUCCAUUCAACAAGAAGCCAAGUGCCGCAAGUCCGUGCUCGUCCAUAUCGGGAUGCAGCUUCUCGGCUCCCACCCCAGAAUUGAAAGAAUUGAUGUGCGUGAGGAGGGCGAUACCUCUAGCGCCUCUAGAGCUGCCCGUCUGGCGGGACGAUGGCGCUGCUCGAUCCAGUAA